GGAAAUCUUCCUUAUGUAGCACCUGAGGUUAUAAUUGGAAAAGAAUAUACUUUCGCAUCUGAUAUUUAUAGUUUUGGUAUACUUAUGUGGGAAAUUUCAUCAGGUCAAACCCCCUUUAAUAAUUACGAACAUGAUUAUGAUCUUGCAAUGAAAGUAAACGGUAUGAGACCAAAAAUUAGAUCAGAAAUUCCACCAGGAUAUAACCAAUUAAUGAAACAAUGUUGGGAUGCUGAUCCGUUAAAAAGACCUAAGAUGAUUAUUAUUUUU